AUGGGCUUUGAAAAUUUGAAUUUUGAGAGGCAAGAUUCAGCAAACUCAAGGAUGAACAAGAUGAAUGAGUUGGAUGAAUUUCGACUACGGGCAUAUGAAAGUUCUGCAUUUUACAAAGAAAAUAUGAAGUUGCAUCAUGAUCGCAUGAUUGAGAAAAGGUUCUUCGAAAAAGGUAAGUUGAAGUCUGGAUUGUAUGGUCUCUUUACUGUGCUAAGAAUGUUCCCAUAUGGUGCUUUGGAAUUGAAGCGAGAUGGUGAUGUCUCAUUCAAGGAGAAUGGGUACAAAUAUGUUGAGACGGAAAAUGAGAUGAAAAGCGAUCAAAGUAGGAAGAGAAGUGCAGAAGAUGGAAAACCUAUGCAGAAUAGGCCUCAGGCCAAGGGCAAAACUGUAAAUAAAUGA